AUGAGUCCUGAAGCGUAUGCCUCGUAUCUGUCCUGGCUGUUCUUCUCUUGGUUCAACGGUGUGAUCAAGAUUGGAUCUACAAAGACCAUUAAUCUGUCUGAUCUACCGGAACUUCUUCCACAGCUGCGGGCCAGGACAGUCUGGUCCCAGUUCCAGAUGUUCAAGAAUGUCAGAAAAUCUGCCUCGUUGCUUAAGCGCGUUCUUAUAUUCAACGCCGUCUCCUUCUUCUGGCAGUUCACCUUCGUAGUCAUCUCAACCUGCCUCGAUUUUUCAGUUCCUUACUUCCUCAAGCUUUUUCUCAGCUACAUCAAUGAUCCCACUGUCCCACCCAAGGUCGCCUAUCUCUACAUCGUCCUCAUCUUUGUGGCCCAAGUCUCCCGCUCCUUAGUCCAGUCUCAGAUGUUCUAUAUGGGACGCAAGAUCAACGUCUCCAUGAUGGCUCUGUUGAACGCUGAGAUCUAUGCAAAGACCCUCACCCGCCGCGACAUGAGUGGUCUUGUCAGCAAAAAGACAAAGAGCGAUGGCAAGGAUAAGGAUGGCAAAGGAAAGGGCAAGGACAAGGGCAAGGACAAUGCCCCUGCAAGCGCAGGCAAGGUUGUCAACCUCAUGUCGACAGAUACAGUUCGUGUGUCGGGCGUGUGCAACUUUUGGCACAUUGGUGUUUCGUCACCAAUCGGUAUUGCCCUUGGAACAUACCUACUUUACGAUCUCAUUGGAUGGAGCUCACUUGUGGGCAUGUCUAUCUUGGUCAUCACUAUCCCCGUUAACAAGGCUGUUCGUAAACGAUAUGCUAAGGGACAACGCGAGCUUUCGAGUGCUCGUGAUGAUCGCGUCACCUUGAUGGGGGAGCUGAUUGCUGGAAUCCGUAUGAUCAAAUUCUUCGCCUGGGAGUUGUCGUUUAGUGAGAAGGUUUUGAAGGCACGAGAGAUUGAGCUCAAGAAAUUGGUCAAUGUCUAUAAGAACACGAUUCUGUUCCAGUUGGUUUGGUUUUCAUCGCCUCUUCUUGUCACCCUAUCCAGUUUCUUUUGCUAUGCCAAGAUUCAGAAGGGCGAGUUUACCCCUGCCGUCGCUUUCACGGCUAUGGUUCUGUUCACCCGUCUGAAGGCCCCUCUAAAUGGACUUCCCGCCGUCUAUAUGGCACUCACCAACGCUAGUGUCAGUUUGGGACGUAUUGCAGAGUAUCUAGAUGAGCCCAAUAUCAAGGACGUCUUUGUUAAUGGACAGAAGCUGAGCGAAAACUCUCCUCAGAUUGGUAUGAAGGGGUUGACUGCUCAGUGGUGGACGUCAGAAAGCGCCAAGACACCGGAAGCAAAUGCUACAGGUGCUACCGAGGCUCGCACUGAGGACACAGAUACGUUUACUCUCCGUAAUAUCACGGUCGCGUUUCCGGUAGGCGAGCUCUCGAUUGUCUGUGGACCAACCGGAGGUGGAAAGACGUCAUUGUUGCUAGGAAUGUUGGGAGAGAUGGAUGUCCUUUCAGGCGAAAUCUACCUGCCCAGACGACCUCUCGAUGGAUCCAAGGAGUUCGAUCCCGAAACUGGAUUGCUGAACGACGGCGUUGCAUAUGUGUCUCAACAGGCUUGGCUGCAGAAUGCCUCCAUUCGUGAUAACAUUCUGUUUGGAAGUGUCUACGAGGAGGAACGAUACAAUCAAGUUAUUGAGGUCUGCGCCUUGAAGCGCGAUCUCGAGAUCCUGGAGGAUGGUGACCAGACUGAGAUUGGGGAGAAGGGCAUCACUCUCUCUGGUGGUCAGAAGCAGCGUGUCUCCUUAGCCCGCGCUAUCUAUUCUCGAUCCCGCCAUGUUCUUCUGGACGACUGUCUCUCAGCUGUUGACGCUCACACUGCGGAACAUAUCCAUGAGAAAUGCUUGAUUGGACCGAUCAUGAAGAACCGGACCUGCAUUCUUGUCACGCAUCAUGUUCGACUCUGCAUCUCGACCGCCAAGCACGUCGUUUUGGUUAACAAUGGAGAGAUCGUAGUUCAAGGAUCCGUCCAGCAUCUUCGUGAGCAAGGAUCGCUGUCGCUUGUGUUGGACGAGGACGAGGAACAGAGCGCAGAUUCAUCGGACGCCGAUACUGUCAACGAAAACGACCUUGGAUCCUCCUCAGCCAUCGCCAAUACACCUAAGCCUGUGCGAAGAAAGUCGAUCGCCAAGGACCUCAAGGAUACACAACAGCCCGUCGCACCUGCCAAGGAUGCCAGAAAGUUAGUUCUGGAUGAGACACGCGAGGAGGGUCGUGUCAAGUGGUCGAUCUACAAGGUCUAUGCAUCCGCUGCAGGAGGUAUCGCCUUUUGGUUCAUUCUCAUGGUCGCAUUUGUUAUCACACGCAUGGUCGAGGUCUCUGAAUCGCUUUGGGUGCGUGAGUGGGCUAACUCUUACGCACCUGCUUUGGUCAAGUUCAUGUUCUCGAACAUUUAUUCCGUCUUGGGCUUCUCCACUUCGCACCUCGCCUCUUCUGCCAUCUACUCAGACUCGCAGGGCUACCAAACCCAGCCAAGUCUUUAUGACCCUGCUCAGUCUGUCACCAACAACACCGACUACUACCUGUUUAUCUAUGCUAUGAUCUCGAUCGGCGCCAGUUUGGCCCACAUCAUGCAGACCGUGAUUGUGCUUUAUGGCUCUCUCCGCGCCGCCAGGUCGUUGUACAGGAAGCUGCUCAUGUCUGUGGUCCGUGCCCCUCUUCGAUUCUUCGACACCACACCCGUUGGCCGUAUCAUGAACCGAUUCUCGAACGAUUUCGAGACCGUUGAUGGAUCGAUUGCCGGCAACUGCUCGCAGCUCUUGCAGCUUAUCAUGUCAGCUAGCUCUAUCAUCAUCGUCUUGGCCUACAUUACCCCUCUAUUCGUUGUUGUGGCAGCCUUGAUCUCAGUCGCAUACCUUUCUGUGGGCAAGAAGUACAUCAGCUCAUCUCGUGAGCUCAAGCGUUUGCAUUCUGUUUCUCGGUCGCCCAUCUAUUCAACGUUUGGAGAGACGCUCGCUGGUGUUGCGACCAUUCGCGCCUUUAGCGAACAGAGCCGGUUCAUGGGCGAUCUGUUGACCAAGUUGGAUGACAGCAAUCGUCCUUUCUAUUUCCUCUGGAUUGCAAACCGCUGGCUCUCAGUUCGCUCGGAUUCCAUUGGAGCACUUGUCGCGUUGUCGUCUGGUAUUUUUAUUCUCAUGAACCCGAUCGGUAUCGAUGCAGGAACAGCUGGUUUGGCAUUGACAUAUGCAUUGGAGUUCGUGGCGUUGGUUAACUUUUUGGUGCGCGAGUACACUCAGAUUGAGAUGGAGCUGAACUCGAUCGAGCGUAUCACAGAGUAUACCGUCAUGGCUCAGGAGCCUCCAGCUGUGAUUGAAGGACGCAGGCCUCCUGCUGCCUGGCCUACUGGAGGAAGCAUUGAAGUUAAGGAUCUGGAGAUGAAGUAUGCUCCUGAACUUGAGACGGUCCUGAGAGGUAUCUCCUUCACAGUUGAGUCGCGCCAGAAAAUUGGUGUGGUUGGAAGAACUGGAUCUGGAAAGAGUACGCUGGCGCUGUCAUUAUUCCGAUUCGUAGAGCCCGUCGGCGGCAGCAUUCAUGUCGACGGCAUCAAUAUCUGCGAUAUUGGACUGGACGAUCUACGAUCCCGCCUCACUAUUAUUCCUCAGGAUCCCAUGCUCUUCACAGGCACCAUCCGCUCCAAUCUGGACCCAUUCAGCGACCAUGUCGAUAGCGAACUCUGGGAGGCCCUUCAGCGCGUGCAUUUGGUUGGUUCUGGUCAGGAUUCUUCCGCUGUGAGUGUCCACGACGGCGACGAUUCCAACAAUGCAUCGACAUCAUCCCCCACAGCCGCAGGACCCUCGACAGCGGCAGGUAUGACUGGUGGCAAGACACAUGUCUCAUUUUCGAGCCUUGACAACCCUGUCAGCGAAGGUGGAUCAAACUUUUCGCAGGGACAGCGUCAACUGCUAUGCAUGGCGCGUGCGUUGUUAAGGAACUCAAAGAUCAUUGUGAUGGAUGAAGCGACAGCUUCGGUGGACUUUGCAACGGAUAAGGCGAUUCAGUCGGCAAUCCAGCAGGAAUUUGAGAACUCGACAGUGAUCUGCAUUGCGCACCGGUUGAACACGAUUAUUUUAUACGAUAAGGUAUUGGUGCUGGAUCAUGGCAAGGUGUUGGAGUACGACACGCCUGCAAAUCUGCUGGACGAUAGCAAUGGCAGGAAGACGCACUUUAGAGAGAUGUGCGAGAGGUCUGGAGAGCUCGAGGUCCUGUUGGAGAUGGUCCGAAGCGCUGAGAACAAAAAGCGUGCCGUGUGA